GCGGCCAGUGCUGCGACCUCCGCCCUCCCCCGCGGCGCCUGUCUUUGGAACCUGGCGUCGCCCCCACCUCGCCCAUCGAAGUGGGGGUGCCGCCACGCUGGGCCUCAACGCCAUGUCCAGGCCGAAUGGGGGUAGGGAGCGAACUUGGCAGACCUCGGCCUCAGGAUCUGCGCCCCAGGGGAAGGACAACAGAGGGGAGUCGUUUCUCCCGGUUUCUCCCUAACCGGGGUCUGGGGAAACACGCGGUAAUUACCCAAGAACCCCGCCUCUGAGAGGCGAGGCUACGGGGCUGCCGGGACGGUUUGAGGACCGGGCCCGGCCGGGGAGACUCCAACCUUCACCCCCCCGGCCCCCGGUCCCACUCCCCGCGGUCUCCCGGCGCCGCCACUUCAGGCAGCCCACUCGGCCCGGCCUCUCCCCGCGCCCGGACCACCCCCCAUGGGGUGCUCUCACUGCGCAGCGAGUCCCUCCGCUGCCUCCUCCCAGCCCAAAAUGGCGGCGACGGCCACCGAUCGUCUCGUCGCCUUCCUCUAGGGCCGAGGAUCCCUCCGCGCCCACAGCCCCUCCCCUCUCAGCCGGAUCUAUUUUCUGCCCGGUAAAGAUUAACGCCUUCAAUGAACUCUUUAAUUGAUCUCGGAAAGACGUAUCCGAUUGUGCCUCCGCACAGCUAAUCGUUGACAAAAGUGGGAUAUUGGCAGACGAGUUGGCCAAUCAGAGAAGGUAUCGAUGAGCGCGGGCCGCCACUCGCGCAAGGAUAGAUGGGUUUUGGAGUUCUCGGUGUGGUUGUUGACGUGACAGGAUCCUGAUCCGCCUACCCAAGCAAGAAGAACUCCAAUCCCCAGCAAGCAUCGCGCUGCCAGGCUGUCCCCUCCCCCCAACUCUAGUGCCUGAGCGGCUUGACCAGAGCUGCUGCAACUGCGGCAAGAGGUAGGGCUGAGGCAAUUGCACAGACAGGCGGUUGCAGAGAAAGACACACAGGUGUAGUCGAGUGCAUAGCCCUUGACAGUAAAUAGGUGUCACUAGUUAAAGGCAUCUGCUGAAAGAUUUGGAAGGGAAGAAGGUGGCUACUUGGAACCAGACCAACUGUAAUACAGAGUCACCAGCAGCCCUGGAAGAGGCCAAGAUCUCUUGUGCUCCUGGGAGCCCCGAAACACCCCCUGAGCCUUGUGACGCUGGUGGUUCCCUGCCCCUGACACCUCAGAUGGAGGGCCACUUGGAGGAGGAAGAUCCUACUGGGGCUGGCGGUGGCCUGGGCUGGAACAGUAGGGGUCCCCGGACCCACAGCCCAGGGAGCUGCUCGGUGGAGGCCGUCCUGGGCCGGAAGAAGCACCGACGGCGGCCAUCAAAGCGCAGGCGGCACUGGCGGCCCUACUUGGAGCUGAGCUGGGCCGAGAAGCAACAGCAGGAUGAGAGGCAGAGCCAGAGGGCCUCCCGGGUCCGGGAGGAAAUGUUCGCCAAAGGCCAGCCUGUGGCGCCCUACAACACCACCCAGUUCCUGAUGAAUGACCGAGACCCCGAGGAGCCCAACCUGGAUGUGCCCCAGGGGGCCUCCCACCCAGGCUCCAGUGGGGAGAGUGAGGCAGGGGACAGCGAUGGGCAGGGCCGUGCUCAUGGUGAGUUCCAGGAGAGGGAUUUCUCAGAGGCCUAUGAGCGCUACCACACCGAGAGCCUCCAGGGCCGCAGCAAGCAGGAGCUGGUGCAAGACUACCUGGAUCUGGAGAGGCGGCUGUCACAGGCUGAGGAGGAGACAAGAAGGCUGCAGCAGCUGCAGGGGUGCACCAGCCGGCAGCCCUGUCGCCAGGUGGAGGAGCUGGCUGCCGAGGUAGAGAGGCUUCGCACGGAGAACCAGCGGCUUCGGCAGGAGAACGAGAUGUGGAACCGAGAGCAGCCGCCACAAUGGAGAGCCAGGCACCUAGGGGUGCCCCUAGCCAGGUUGACCCAGGAAGAAGGUCCCGUUUCAUACACACUCAGGCCAGCUGGGUCUCAAGGAGGCAGGGGACAGAUGAAAACCACUCUGAGUACCCCUGUGCCCCCUGGGAACAGCUAAAAUAGGUUGAGACUUCCACCUUGUCAUGUCUACAAUUUAUUCUUUGAUGUCAUCUUAUUUUUCACAGAGAAAUUAAAUGGUUUUGAUGAGCUCAAAUGGGA